AUGCCGAGGAUGAAGGCGAAGCAAUGCAGUGCAAGGACACGGGAGUUGGACUGGCGAUCCACCUCGGCGAUUCUGCUGGAUGAGAAGAACACAAAUGGCUCAGUCGGCGAUGUGAUUGCGUCGAAUAUCGACAUCAAUGAAAUGCCACCGCUGGCGAAUACGCAUAUGAUUGCCUUCAUACUGGAGUCGAUAUCGAAGGGGUAUGCCUCGGCCUCAUAUUCCCGCCGCCGUAACCUAUAUAGCGCGUAUGGCAUUGCUCCCCCGGCCCUGUCCCGGAUCUAUCCUCAGCGGCACUUCUCGAGCCCGGCCACAUCGCUUGGAAGCCGACACUGUCUUGCCAUCAACUUUGGCACUGUUCUCUCAAUCCCGAGUGCCUCCGACGUCCAUAUCGUCGCGUAUUCAACCUCUGUCGAUCCAGCCCUCAAGACCAUCCAGACCACAGCCAUGGAUCCCGUUGUGAUGCAAAAUGCCUCAAUCUUUUCGAUUGUGGUCUACAUCGGCACAGCCCACUUGGCACUUCAUUGUAUCAAAUACGUCAAGUGGAGACAUACAUUUAACAUUCAGCGCGGUCUCCAGAUACACUCGCUCAUGGCUUUGGCAAUCAUAUUCUCGGCACUCUACUGCAUUGGCAAUCAACUGAUGCUUUAUGACGUGUGCACAUCCAACACAUACUGCACCCAGUUCGCCAACUUUCUCUAUGCCUUUGGCGAUUGCAUCGGGUCCGCCUCUAUCGGUUGGGCAUACCUGUUGAGACUGCGAGUGAUGACCGUCAACAACGAACCAAUGUACGCAUGGCUCUUUGUAUUUGGGAUUGCACCGAUCGUCUAUGGCACCAACGAUGUGUGCUUCAUCCUCAGUACCUACGGCGUCAUUUCCACGGCCGAAUCGUGGUACCUCAACUUCAUUUUCAACCUGGCACUCGAAAUCAACCUCAUCUGUCUCCAUGUCCUGAUGAUGUUUCGACUGCGUUCCCUUGACAACUCCUCGCGUACCUUGAGAGCGUCAGCUCCUCCACGAACUCAAAUGAACCAGAAGCGCGGCAGCACUGUGGGUCACUUGGAAGGCAGGGAUGAGGUCAAGCGUGAAGGAGUACUUCUGCUCAUAGCGAUCGCAGCUGAACUGGCGCUGUAUGUCGGAUUCCAAGUAUACACUCAAUACGACGCCACCGGGUUGAUCGGAAACGCCGUCUGCAUAUUCCUAUGGGUCCUGGACAUUUUCUUGUUCUGCGUCGUCAACAACCAUGUUACCAAGAUCAUCAAAAAGUCGUCCUCGUCAUCGAGCGAAGGCUCGACAUCACUCAAAGCCCGGACAACGAAGUAUAAGCGACAGUGGAAUGACUUUGGCAAAGAGUCCUUCUGGUGCUGGCAGGCGAGCAGGGGGGAAGCGAGCAGGGGAAGAGUGGUGAAAGCAAAGGCGAUGAACAACAGAGAGCGGUAUGGGGCGAAUGCGCAACUGAGCAAAUAAGGAACUGAAGCCAAUGUGGAAUUGCGCAAAUGUGAGCUGAACGAAUGUGUAAUCGUGCAAGGGAGAAAGAAAGACGUGAGGGAGAAAGCCAAAGAGGCAGCGAGCGGAUUG